AUGACGUUGGACAGAGUAGCUGGAGGAAAUGAUGACACCGGCGGUGGUGCUGUGGGGACCUCCCCAGCCCACGCUCAUAGAACACUGAAGAAAUUAAUUUUUGCGCCAGGAGACAUCGCAGCACCGCAUCCCGCCCCUACCCAGCAGCGGCAGCAACAACCCCUCACAACCACCAGCUUAAGCGCACCGCAUCCCGCCAUGCCGACCCCCAUCCCCCCGCACCUCCACCCCACCCCCGACCCAGCCACAGCCCCAGACACCCCCCUCCGCUCCAGCGCCCCAACCCCCAUCGCCAACGCCGCCCUGCUCUCCCACCCGUCCCGCGCGCAUCAAUUCCUCACAAACCCGCCCCUGACCCUUUCCCAAAUCAACCCCACAGACCCCUUCCGGCAAUUCAACAACUGGUUCCGCGACGCGCGGCUCCCCGCUUCCUCCGCGCCUGAGACAUGCACUCUGGCCACGGCGGCGCUGCCGUCCGGCCGCGUCAGUGCGCGUACGCUUUAUCUGAAGGAGCUGGAUGAGCGGGGGUGGGUGGUAUAUAGUAAUUGGGGGAGUAGGAAGGGGAAGGGGGGCCAAGUUUUUGGAACGGUCGGCGGGAGGGACGAGUGGGGGUGGGAUGGGGGUAUGGCUGCAGGUGACGAGCAGCAGCAGCAGCAGGGGAAUCGAUGGGCGGCGUUGACAUUCCAUUGGCAAGCUGUGGAGCGCCAGGUGCGUAUUGAGGGGAUUGUGGAGUCGCUUUCGAGAGAGGAGAGCGAGACGUAUUGGCGGACGAGGGAGCGGGGGAGUCAGAUUGGUGCAUGGGCGAGUCAGCAGAGUAGGGUCCUUUGGGAGACGGAGCCGCUGUCUGAGUCUGCGUCUGCGUCUGCGCCAUCGGCUGGUGUUAUCAAUGGGGCGGAGAAUGCCAAUGCUGAUGCUGCCGUUAUUAAUAAACAUGACAUUGUUGAUGAUGGGCGAUCUAUCCUUGAAGAUCGCGUAAAGGAGAUGGAAGCGCGAUUUGCGGAUGUGGAAGAGAUCCCGCUUCCACCGUUCUGGGGCGGGAUUCGAAUUGUGCCGGAGUCCGUAGAGUUUUGGCAAGGGAGGAAGAGUCGGCUGCAUGAUCGCUUUAGAUAUGUGAGGAUUCAUGGGGAAGUGGAGACGGGGGUGGAGACCGCGAAGACAUUUCAGUGGAAGAUUCAGCGGUUGUCGCCGUAGGGACCUACAGUACAAGUCCGGGUGGUAAUCGUCGUACAUCCCUCUCCCCUCUUAAGCUCAUUUGAAGGCAAUCAAUCCGUCUCGGACAGCUGCGUUUCGUCUACAUGAUUACCGAUCUCGUUGCCUGCUCGACUUGCCCAUGAGCGCGAGAUUGGCAUCAAGGCCGGCUUCAGCAAGCUGCUCCUUAGUAUACAUGUACAUCCAGCUUCCUGACGAACGUUAACACCAUGAUAUUGCUUGGUAAACAAUUAGACACAAAGCUCCGCUUUUAGUCCUUAUGAACCCUUUAUUUACCUCUGCUCCAGAGGGCAUUUUAGUUAUUGUUAAGGUUGGGUUAUAUAUAGAGAAAUGGGAGGAUUGCUUCCGACCCUGAAG